AAUUUUUUGUCUCCGGAAAGAAUUUUCUUUUCGAAAUUCAUUAAAAAUAAGCAAUUUUUUUAAAUUAAAAAUCAUGAGUUUAAAUCGGCGUCGCAAUAUAUUUACUAUAGGCAAUAGUCAAUAUUCAGAUCCGCGUUUUCAAAUUAAGCGCCAGACUAAGGAUUUGUUUGAACGUGACCCUUUCAAAAUACAAUCAUAUAAUUUUCACUAUGCUGAGCGCCCAGCUUUUCCUGUACAAAACCUUGUAAGUCGUCCAAUUCCUACAAGUAGAGCUGAGAGUUCCUUCCAAACAUUUUUCAUGAAUUACAAAUUCACACCGUCGACGCAAGAAAGAGAGAAUGAUAGAAAUAAAUUUCACGAGUGUAGGCGUCGUAAGUACUUGCAGGAAUCUAAGGUAAACAUAAAUUGUCCAUUGCACGGAACUAGUAGUAGAGUUUUAAACAAUGGUCUUACUGAAUCAAGUAUCCACAAUAGGAGUUAUCAAGCAAUGGGAAGUCGUAAUGAUAUUAACUAUUUACAAAGUUCAACACGUUUAGGCAGCAAUCAGCAAUCAAACAGCAGAAGAAAUAAUUACAGUUCCACGGUAAAUUCCGUGCCAACAACGUCGCCAUAUUUACGUAGUGUAUGCAAUCGCGACUAUUUACGUAGUCCUUCCCAAACAAAUACGGGAGCAAAUGCAAUAUACGAUCGCAGUGCCCGGAGUCGACAUAAUAUAAAUCAACAUGAACGCUUGGCAACUUCUACCUCAAAUGUAAGAGCUACUACAUCUGGAUAUCCAUUUUCAAGUAUAUCCCCGAAUAGGAGUCGCCGAUCCUUAUAUGAGAGACGUUUCCCUGAUGAUUUAGGGUUAAGUAAUAUAGGGGUUUCUAGAUCAAAGUCUGUUAGUGGUAAUUUGCAACCGUCUGCGGAUAUGGCUUCAACCAUAAGUGAACGAAAUCAAUGUUUGCAUCCACCGUUGAAUCAAACGAAUGAUACGCCAACACGUUCUGGUUGUCAAAUCAAUAUAAAUAUCAAAAACUUAGACAACGAUACAGAUGGUGAACAUUUUACAAUUAAUAUAGAGACAAAUGACGACUGUGACUUUGACGAGAAUAUUGACAGAAAUAACAAUAUGAAUAGCACCACAAGUAACAGAACUAAUACACUUAAUACACUUCAAGAAGAUAAUAUUGUGCAUACAUAUAAUAAUCCGACAACAAUUGUGACAACACCAUAUUCCACAGAUAGUAUGGUCAUUAAUCAGCGUGCUUCCAAUUAUUCCAUACCAGCACGUGUACCAAGUAAUGAAUACCUGCAUGCAGCUUUGAUCAAACCAAUAGCACCAAAUUUUGAUCAAGAUCCACCAAAAUAUUCCGAGAUACGCCCUUUACCAGCCGAUCUCAAGAAAUUCAUAUCGAAAGAGCGCUUACCUGCACUUAUACCAGUAAAAGUGAAUGAUUGUCGCACAUGCUUUUUAGAAGAGGAGGCCACAAGUCCAAGGCCUCAACACAAACCGAUCAUUAAGCGUACGGCAACAGCAAAUGGCAGUGCGCCGCCUAAGCGUAAGCCAAAGACAUUAUUGGAAACCCUUAAUGUGCCUAGAAAAUCAUGUUUAAAGCAGACAACAGUAAACAAAACAUCCGAAGACAGCAGAAUGAAAACAAUAUCGAAACCUGUGCCAGUAAAUAGAAGAACAUCGCAGCAUCAAUCCUUACGUUACAAUUAUGAGAAUCCAAGCGUAAGCACAAAUUGUCCAAAAAGGACACAAUCCCAAGGGUGCUCAUUUCGACGCACCACUUCUCCAUUGAUUAUACGUAGCAAUUGUGAGCUAUCUAAUUCUCCAGUUAAUGUUAAUAUCAAUGUGUACACUGAUAAACUUAAACUACUGAGAGUUUGAAAAGGUUCUUAAAUUCUUGAAUUAAAGUCAAUGAAGAGAGAGAGAGAAAAGAGGAAACCAAAGAGAUCAUUAAAAUAGAAUUUGUUAGAUAAUUUUAAAGAGUUUUUUUUAUUAAAUUAUGAGUUAAACAAACUCUUCAAUAUUAUCUUGCAAAUUUUUUUUUAAUGGCUAUGUGUGCUAUAGCCAUGUGCUAUGGUGACUGGGAAUGCAUGCUAAGGCUAAAAAAUAGAGCUGCUGGAUACUUACUAACUCUUUUACUCUAAGCCCGGUUUAUAUUGUUUUUCUGUUUAAAAUCUACCAUAAAUUGCAUUUUUAUCAAUAAUCCCUGUUUCAUAUAUUUGGAAA